AUGAAAGAGGAAAUCGAUGGUGGAGGAUGGUAUCGAAUGGGUCAAUUGAUUCCCAGAAUGGGUUAUUUCGAUCAAGCUGAAGAACUCUACAAUGAAUUACUCGAGAAUUCUUCCGAUGACAGCGAGAGAGCUAAUGUUUAUAAUCUUCUAGGAUGGGUCAAAAGAGACCAAGGGCAAUACAAGGAAGCAGUUUUGUUCUAUGGAAAAUCUCUUGAAAUCUACCAGAAACCUCUCCCAGAUGAUCAUUUAAGUUUAGGUACAAUGUGUAGCAACAUCGGUCAAGUCCUGCUACGAGAAUUGGGCUACUAUGCAGCAGCACUUAAGGUUCUUCAAAAUGCUUAUCAAAUUCAAGAAAAAACAUUUCAAGAAGGUAAUCAAGCUUUUGCUUCAACAUUCAGUUGGUACGGAAGCGUAUAUCGGGACUUGAAAGAGUACUCAAAAGCACUAGAUUAUUUUGAAAAAUGUCUCACAAUAGUUAGAAAAACUUUACCAGAAAAUCAUCCCGAUUUCGGAUUAACAUACAGUAAUAUUGGCGAUAUACAUCAUCUAAUGGGUGAUUAUGAGAAAGCACUCGCAUUUCAUCGCAAAGCGUUAAAUAUUCAAGAAAAGAAAGGAUUAAAAGUACGUAAAGAAAAACUCGCACAAAAGCAUCCUGAUUUAGCUGUAAUAUAUCACAAUAUGUCAAAACUGCAUUUCUCAACUCAACAAUAUAGUAUGGCAAUGAAAUAUGUUCAACAAGCUGUUGAAAUUGGACAAGAGAAAUUAACGUCAACUCAUCCACAUCUCCUAGAAUAUAGAGAAACAUUUGAAAAAAUUCGAAAGAAACAGUGA